CAAGGCGGGGGUAUUUUUUUAUUCGGUGGGCGGAAUGAAUGAAUGAAGUGAAGCGAAUUUUACCGCCGCUUAGUCCGUGAUAUGAACAUCAUCCAUAAAGAUCGAUUUAAUGGAAAACUAUGAAGGAGAGAAACGCGUCCAACAGACGGAUCAUGACCGAGAUGUUUUGUUGCAAAAGGACACGGAUAAAAGAGGAACAAGCUCGAUGUCCUCAGCCUCUUUUAAUUUCAUAAACUCCAUUAUCGGGUCCGGAAUUAUCGGUUUGCCAUACUCUAUGAGUCAGGCAGGGCUCCCAUUGGGCCUUCUGUUGCUUAUUCUGGUUGCCUUCAUCACAGAUUACUCCAUCAUCCUGCUGGUUAGAGGAGGAAAUCUGUCUGGGACUCAGAGUUAUCAAACUCUUGUGAAAAGCACAUUUGGCCUGACGGGAUAUUUCAUUCUCUCUGGUUUGCAGUUUAUGUAUCCAUUCAUUGCAAUGAUCAGCUACAACAUUAUAACAGGUGAUACACUGACCAAAGUGUUUAUGAGAAUCCAAGGAGUUGGACCAGAAAACAUUUUGACACAGAGACAUUUUGUAAUUUUGAUGUCCACUAUUUUAUUUACUACCCCUCUGUCUCUUUACAGAGAUAUAGCAAAGCUGGGAAAGGUAUCUUUAUUGUCCAUGCUUUUGACUGUUGCCAUCCUCAUCACAGUGAUUGUGAGAGCAGCCACACUUGGACCACAGAUACCUCCAUCAGAUGAUGCAUGGGUGUUUGCCCGCUGGAAUGGCGUUCAGGCAGUUGCCGUCAUGUCGUUUGCCUUUAUCUGCCACCACAACAGCUUCAUGAUCUUUGGGUCACUGCAGGAGCCCACGUUGAGUAACUGGUCUCUUGUCACGCAUGUGUCCGUGGGCUCAGCUCUUGUGGUCAGUGCAGUCUUUGCGGCUGCAGGUUAUGCAACUUUUACCGGCUACACACAAGGUGAUAUAUUUGAGAAUUACUGCAGGAAUGAUAACUUGGCCACGUUCGGUCGAUUCUGCUAUGGUGUCAGUAUAAUCACCACAUUCCCCCUGGAGUGCUUUGUAACCCGCGAGGUGGUCUCGAAUAUCUUUUUCAAAGAAGAACUCAGUAACACUGCCCACAUCAUUAUUACCAUGGUCAUCCUAUCUGCAGUGACUGCAAUAUCCCUCUGUUAUGACUGUCUGGGUAUCGUACUGGUACUAAAUGGAGUUCUGAGUGCGACACCCCUCAUCUUCAUCUUCCCCUCCGCCUGUUUUCUAAAGCUCUCAAAUGGCAGCUGGUUUCAUGGGGAAAACCUCAUUCCCAGCAUCAUCCUGGUGGUGGGUGUUUGCGUCAUGAUAAUCGGUGUCAUCAUGAUGGCGCUCUUCCCUCAGGACUGUUCGCACGGAGCAGAGAUGUUCUACUGUACCGUUUCCAACACCUCGGUUCUCAGCACCACCAGCAGUUUCUUACAGAUCAUGAACACUACGCAAAAUAUCAGUCUUUUUUGAAGAUCUGAUAGCCAUAUUCACUGAAGUAGAGCUAUUUAUAUGCUUAUAUGUUUUCUUAUG